CAGGCGCCAGUCUUCUUCAUCUGGCUGCAUUGCAUCAAUAUGGAUCAAAUAAUCCAUUGGGUGUACAUUCUGAGAUGGAUAAAAUAGCUUCUUACCCUUAUUUUUAUGUAAAGGAUCUUGUAGGUCGGGUAGCUUCUGCUAUCUUUUUUUCCAUUUGGAUUUUUUUUGCUCCAAAUGUUUUGGGGCAUCCCGACAAUUAUAUACCUGCUAAUCCGAUGCCCACCCCGCCUCAUAUUGUGCCGGAAUG